CUGGGGAGGCAAAGGGCAGCAGGGGUGCGGGGUUUUAGGUCCCCUGAGCCGGCCGGAGACGGGACCCCGGCCCGGCCCGAUAGCUGCCCCGCGGCCCCCAGCUUCCCCACCGCCGGCCUGGGGAACGGGCCGGGGGAGGAGGUGUGGAUUUUGCCAGUGGAAGCAGGGCAGGCUGGGGGGACUGAAAGGGCAAAACUGUGAAGCAGGGACCCCACAAGUUGUGACUAGUUUUAUGACUUCGCCUUCACGCAUCGGGAGCUCUAUUGAUCUGGUCUUCCAGGACAAGUUGGGGGGUGGUGAGGGGGAAAAAAAAAAAAAAAAAAGAAAAAUUCUAUAACUCUCUCCUUCAGCUCUGCAUUUCAAAUGCAAAUCCGGAGAUAGAUUGGCUCCCGCCCCACCCCCUAGCCCGGCUCCUGAUUUUUAUCCAAAGGACUCCAUCUGUAUAUCCUGUCAAGGAGGAGGAGGAGGAGGAGGAGAGGCGGGGGGGAGUGGGGCCGGGCAGGCUGCUGGCUCCCUGGAUCCCUUUUCAAUAGCCGCCGCUGGGUUUUCGGGAGGUACAGAGUCCCGGCGCCUCCUCCGUGCGCCCUCGGACGGAUCUGGCAGCGGCGCGGGCCGCCGAGCCGUGAUAUCCCCUGCCCAGAGCAGCAUCCCCACCUCCUCUGUCUCCUUCCCUCCUUCCCUCCCCCUCCUUCCCUCCCUCCUCUUCCUCCUCCUCCUCCUCCUCCCGCAGCCACGAUCCGCACCCAGUCAGAGCUGGGCUUGGCACCGGCACCCACUUCUCCCACCGUGUGCCCAGCGGCUGGCCGUGCCGGGCCGGGCCGGGCCGGGCCGUGCGGCGCCGCGCUGCUCUGCGCCGCGGAGGAGGAGGAGGAGGAGGAGCGGAGCGGCGCUCCUACCUCCGCGGGUGCGGGCGAGUGCGCGGGCGGGCGCGCAGCCCCCAUGCCAGGCGGGCGCCCCGCCGCCUGCAGCCCGGCCCCCGCCUGGGAGCAUCCCGCCAGCACUUCGCCGCGGAGGCACGGUCGGCCCUUGGGAUUAAAAUACUCACUGCGCUGAGCAGCCGCGGGAGAGGGGGAGCAGGUACCUAUUGCACCAUUUCUUUGGUGAAGGCUAUUCAGCAGUAGUGACUUCUUCUGAUCGACAACUCCACAAAUUAUUAUCUCUGGACUCCCAGCUGACACCCUGCCGGAAGCUAGAGCUACUGAGACAACUGGAAUUGUGCCUGUUCUCAUCAAGGUCUUUUCUUUCACGGGAAAAAAAAAAAAAAAAAAAAAAAAAAAAAAAAAGAUGAAGUUGGGCAAAGUGGAGUUCUGCCAUUUUCUGCAGAUACUAGCUCUUUUCCUGUGUCUUUCUGGGAUGAAUCAAGCAGAACUCUCAAGGUCCAGGUCAAAGCCCUACUUUCAAUCAGGGAGGACGAGAACAAAACGCAGCUGGGUGUGGAAUCAAUUCUUUGUGCUGGAAGAAUACAUGGGUACAGACCCACUCUAUGUAGGAAAGCUUCACUCUGAUGUUGAUAAAGGAGAUGGUUCCAUCAAAUACAUCUUGUCAGGCGAAGGGGCAAGUUCCAUUUUCAUUAUUGAUGAGAACACAGGGGAUAUUCAUGCUACAAAGAGACUGGAUCGAGAAGAGCAGGCCUACUACACGCUUCGAGCACAAGCACUAGAUAGGCUGACUAAUAAACCCGUGGAACCAGAAUCUGAAUUCGUCAUUAAGAUUCAGGACAUCAAUGACAAUGAGCCAAAAUUUCUGGAUGGUCCUUACACUGCUGGAGUUCCGGAGAUGUCUCCUGUGGGUACCUCUGUGGUUCAAGUUACAGCCACUGAUGCAGAUGAUCCUACUUACGGCAACAGUGCUCGAGUGGUUUACAGCAUAUUGCAAGGACAACCUUACUUUUCUGUGGAGCCAAAAACAGGUAUUAUCAAGACUGCCCUUCCGAAUAUGGAUAGAGAAGCCAAGGACCAAUACCUACUAGUUAUUCAAGCAAAGGACAUGGUUGGGCAGAAUGGUGGAUUAUCAGGGACUACAUCUGUAACUGUCACUCUGACUGAUGUUAAUGACAACCCACCCCGCUUUCCACGAAGAUCAUAUCAGUAUAAUGUCCCAGAGUCUUUGCCAGUGGCUUCUGUGGUGGCCAGAAUAAAAGCUGCAGAUGCAGAUGUGGGACCUAAUGCUGAAAUGGAGUAUAAGAUCGUGGAUGGUGAUGGUUUGGGAGUAUUCAAAAUUUCUGUCGACAAAGACACCCAGGAGGGAAUCAUAACAAUUCAGAAGGAGCUGGAUUUUGAAGCUAAGACAAGUUAUACCCUGAGGAUAGAAGCAGCCAAUAUGCAUGUUGACCCUCGCUUCCUGAGUUUGGGACCCUUCAGUGAUAUGACAACAGUGAAGAUCAUCGUAGAAGAUGUUGAUGAACCACCUGUGUUUACCUCACGUUUGUACUCCAUGGUGGUGUCUGAAGCAGCAAAAGUUGGCACUAUCAUUGGAACUGUAGCAGCCCAUGAUCCAGAUGCCUCAAAUAGUCCUGUCAGGUAUUCGAUAGAUAGAAACACAGACCUGGAGAGGUAUUUCAAUAUUGAUGCCAACAGUGGAGUAAUAACAACUGCCAAAUCUUUGGACAGGGAAACUAAUGCUGUUCAUAAUAUCACAGUUUUGGCUAUGGAGAGUCAGAAUCCAGCACAGAUUGGGAGAGGCUAUGUAGCCAUCACUAUCCUUGACAUCAAUGACAAUGCCCCUGAGUUUGCCAUGGAAUACGAGACAACUGUCUGUGAAAAUUCCCAACCUGGGCAGGUGAUCCAGAAAAUCAGUGCAAUUGAUAAAGAUGACCCACCAAAUGGCCACCAGUUCCACUUCAGUUUAACAGCAGAGGCAGCAAAUAACCACAAUUUUACACUGCAGGACAAUAAAGAUAACACUGCAACAAUAUUAACAAGAAGAAAUGGGUUCCGAAGACAGGAGCAGUCUGUUUUCUACUUGCCAAUAUUCAUUGUGGACAGUGGAUCACCUUCACUUAGUAGCACUAAUACCCUCACAAUCAGAGUCUGUGACUGUGAUGCAGAUGGUAUUGCUCAGACAUGCAAUGCAGAAGCAUAUAUCUUGCCUGCAGGACUUAGCACUGGAGCUCUGAUAGCAAUAUUGGCUUGUGUCUUGACACUGCUAGUUCUUGUCUUGCUGAUUGUCACCAUGAGGCGACGGAAAAAAGAGCCACUCAUUUUUGAUGAAGAGAGAGAUAUCAGAGAGAACAUUGUCAGGUAUGAUGAUGAGGGUGGUGGAGAAGAAGACACCGAGGCUUUUGACAUGGCUGCCUUGAGAAAUCUCAACAUCAUCCGCGACACCAAGACCAGAAGGGAUGUGACACCUGAGAUUCAGUUCUUGAGCAGACCAACUUUUAAAAGCAUUCCAGAUAAUGUCAUUUUUAGGGAAUUUAUCUGGGAGAGACUAAAAGAAGCUGACGUGGACCCCUGCGCUCCACCCUACGAUUCCCUGCAGACAUAUGCAUUUGAGGGGAAUGGCUCGGUGGCAGAGUCACUCAGUUCUUUAGAUUCAGUCAGCUCAAACUCUGACCAAAACUACGAUUACCUCAGUGACUGGGGUCCUCGCUUUAAAAGGCUUGCGGAUAUGUAUGGGACUGGACCAGACUGCUUAUACUCAUAGCCUUGGAACCUUCCCCUGAAUAUGCACUGAAGAAUACUAGAACAGUAAAGUCAACCUUACAGACUGAAGGAAGUUGUAAAUAUUUCUCCAUUUUUAACCUUUUAGGGGUUUUUUUGUUUGCCUCAGUGGAACAUAUCUUCAUUAGACUUGUCCUAGGGACUGCACUGACCACACAGAAUAUGAGCAUUUGGUGGCAUUUUUGAUAAAAUGAAAUGCUCAGCCACGUUCAAAUAGAUAGCAACCCUCAGAUACCUGCAGAGGCAACUCACUUUCAAGAGUAUGUCAUGCACUGUGACCUCAAUGAGCCAAUGAUACUUUGUAGAUGGAUUUCACACUGUUGCUAUAUCCAGAGCACAGAGUCUCUGGCAUGAGAUAAGUGUAAGAAUAAAGAAAUUUAAAAAUAUAAUAUAUCAUUCAAUACAACUCUACAAUAUAUAAUAUUUACCAAUACAAGGUUUUUUUAACAAAUUUUCGUUACAGUGUUGCAUGCAGCUUCCUAGGUGAAAGGCAGGAUAGACAUGAAAAGAAACAAAAGCCCAGCAGAUCUUUUGUUUGUUUGUUUCUCUCUCUAUGUUCUCAGAGCUACUUAAUAAGAAAUCUCUGUAAUUUUCUAGGUAGUUUUAUGAAAAAUUACUGUUUGUAAUAAGAAACUCAACAAUGUUCAUCAUCAACUUACUGAAGUAGUUUACAAACCACAUAAAAUGAGAAAUAUGGAGGGAUAUUCUUAUGGUUGAAAAGUUUUGUGAUACCCAUGUAGGUAUAGAAAAGAUGUUGCUAUCUAUUUGCUAUUUUUUAUUAUCUCUUCUGAUUUGUACAGGAGAAUUUAUCCUUUUUUAUUAUUAUUUGACAUAAAGUGUUAUAUUUAAUUUGGAGCUCCAAUCUCCACUAAAUUCAGGUCUAUUUUACUGCCUCAUGGUUUAGACUUGACAUAACAUGCUGAUUUUUCUCCAGUCUCAGAUAAAUGUAGGAAAUGAAGCAUGGAAAUGGAGAAAUUACAGUAAAGCAAUCUUGCCCACCAUUCAUCUCUAAGAAAGGAAAGCAGCUACAAGGACAUGCAGUUGUUCUUCUGAGACAUUACAAAGUCUGAGAUAUUUAAAUAAAAUAUUUGUACAUUGGAUUUUUGGAAAGAAGACUACAGAGGUAGCUGGGAGUGUCUUUAAUGUAAGAUUUAAUUUUCAAAAAAAACAUGCUAUAUGCUUCAAAGACUGUAAACACCUUGCUUUUCUCCUUCCCAUUCUCUUUUGCUGCUGAUGAAUCACAGUAAAAGACUCUUUUCAGUUUCUUCCUUAUGUUAAGCAAUGUAAUGCUAUUAACUCCAGAAAUCAUCUUUAGAUCCUGCUACACAUAAGUAUUUUUCCCCAAAAAUGUUAACUCACUAUACAUAAUUUCUACACUGGUUCAGGAGUGCCAAAACAGAAGGACAACUGCUGUUGGUUAAAAUACUGUAUGAUUUUGAAGUAGGAUUUCUUAGAAUAAGAGAACUUUUUAUGAUUCUGACAAUAUUUAUACUUCAUCUUUCAUGAUUUAUUACUAGAUAACAAAACAUAUAUUCAAGUAAAAUAGUGGGUUUAAGUAUUAUUUCAGAUUGUUUUGUUUUAGAUAAUCUGUCGAUAGGUUCCUAAAUUAAUCUCUGCUCCUGCAAACUUUUUCCUUGUACCUAACUUGAAAUGACUUGACUUUCCUGCAAUUACUGAGAGACAUACAGAACUGUUUGCAGGACUUUGUGAAUAGAAGGUACUCCAUAGAGGAUGAUGCUCACUCUAAAAGUACUUAUUUCUGAAAGAAGGAUCCUUGUACUAAAAUCCUAAUGUAUGGGUGACACCAGGCUGGGAGAUGGAAAAUUAUCAUUAAGGCUUUGCAAUUUUUGCAGCCCAGCAUUAUCAAUUAACUAUGUGAAAGUGGCCUUCAGCUCCAUCAGAGAAAACAGAAUAAUUUUAAUCAUCUGCAACAUAUUUAAUUUGAGUUACAUUUUGGUAGACAAUCAUUGUUUCAUAAUUCAGUAGAUUUGCUUCUAGUUGUAUUAAAUAUAUAUAUAUAGGUGUGUAUAUAUAUAUAUAUAUACAUAUGACAGAUUUUGUAAUGGAACUGAAAGAUAUCGUCCAUGACUUUUAGUUAUACAUGUAAGAUUUUCAAUAAAAAGUUUAAAAAAAAAAAAAAAAAAAAAAAAAAAAACAGAAAAUGAACCAUUUGUAUGAAGUUUAAUGAGAGUGAGAUAUGCUGCAGAAGUUAAGCAAGUAUUAAAUCAGCAAGGUGCUGAGAGAACAGUUAAUCUCCUUGUUGUUCAUGGAAAGAUAAUUCAUGCAUCUGGAUUAAGAUGUUUAAAAAUGCUGAUUUUAGCAUAUAACGCUCAAAGGAGAUUUAAAUGUCGUUUAGAGUAAACAACACAAUUCCCUUUUUUUUCCACCUCUAUAUCUGUAAAAUCCCAAAAAGCUCCUCUGUUAUGAAACUAUGUUAAGGUUUGUGUGUGUGUGUGUUUUCUAUGGAAAGAAAUAUGUUUUAAUGGCAUAAAAUCUCUUGCAUAUAUAUAUUUUCUUUUGCAGUUCUAAAGUAAUUGAGCAAAUUUGUUGUUACAUUAUAUAUGCUUACCUACUGAUUAUAUUAUUGCAGUAAGAAAGAAAGAAAGAAAGGUGGAAAUCCCUUAUAUUUGACGACCGAUAUUACUAUAUUAUAUACAUAUAGUAUGCAUAAUACACAUAUUAUAUAAUGCUCUCCAUAAGUUACCAUGACUAUAUGUUUUCACAGUUUAUAAUCUGAUUCAAAUUCCUUCUUUGAGUGUUAUUUAAAUUUCAUAGCCUGAUGCCAUAAAAUAUAUUCUGUUGACUAAAUAGUGUAAAGUAUAAGAAACAUUUUCUCUGUCCUGGAAAGGUUAUGAAAUUAUUUGAGCAAAUUAAUUAGGCCUUUUUAAAAAGACUUCCUUUUUUUUUUUUUUUUUUUUUUUUUUUAAGAGCUCCAUUAUCUAACUAGAGGCCAGAAGUCCUCUUUAAAAAGUAUGUCAAAUAUUAGAGUCACUCCCAUCUUACAGCAAAAUGCCAGCACCUCUUUCCUUCUCCAUAUAAAAAUUGAAUAGGCUUAUUUUAAAUUGAGAUUUCCAAGAGCCUUGAAAAGCAUAUGAUUUUAAGAGUGGUACUAAAACAUUCCACGUAAAGUUAACUUGUUCGAAGAAGAUUUAAGGCAAGACUCCUUAUUCUGUUUUGACCAGAGUAAAACCUACCGAAUUUAACAGAGUUAAACAGGGGGCAUUCUGACUUACAUUUUUUAUUCAAAAGGAUAAAUUUAGUGUACUUACUCUAAUAAGUUCUAUUCACACAAAGACAUAGCACAGGACUUCCUAACCCUACUAAUUCUGAUGGGUGGGUCAAUACAAUCACUGUAAGACUCAUGAAAUUUGAUUAUAUCAAUCAAAACUUCUCCUAAGAAUUAAGGGAAAAAAAAUAAUUACUUAACUGUCACUUGUUUUCUUUGUUGUUUUGAAGGGGGGGGGGGGCAGGGAUUCAUAGGAAUUUCCAUUUAAAGUUAAAGUAUUUUCUCAUUUAUUUUAUCUAUUUGCCCUCAGGGGCUGGCACUCAUUAAAACCAAAAUAUUUCCUGUCCUUUUAUCUUUUUAGAGAUUUUGGAUGAAAGCAUGUUAUGAACUACAAAAUGGCAGCAUCUUAUUUUUAUGGACAAGUACUCUUGUAUGACAUAAAGAAAAGUAGUAGUUUGUCAUUAUGAAAAAGAAAUAAAUAUGCUAUAAAGCUUACAAUUACAUUGACUUUUAAGAUCGUUACAAAAUUGAAAGAAAAACACAAUUACCUAUAUCAAAUCUAGUAUUAAAUUCUUGGUUGCAGCCUGUCACAUGACUGAUUUUAUUUUUCUAUAUGUAGAAUUUUUCACUACUUUAGAAUCUAUGUAGAGUGAUCCUGGUUUGAGACAACAUUGUAUUCACCUCAUUAAUGUUACUUAGAUAGGGUCAAAUAUAUUUUUAUUGGUCUGUGACUUUAAAAGCAAAUUGUAAAAGAUAAAGUGACAUUAUAUUUAUUUGACAGAAACAGGAAAGUGUAUAAGUUGCAGUCUUAACUAUGACAUCACUAAUUUUCCCAGAUAUAUCCUAAGAUAUAUUUUCACCCGAGCACGAUUUCUGCCACACAAAGAAUUCUUUCUCUGCUUAGUAUCAGUGCAGUUAAAAAUGUAUUGUAUUUUUUACUGGAAUGUUUAUUAUGGAUAUCUACCUGCGGUUUUGUUCUUUGAACUAAGAGAAUCACAGCACACAACAGGAAUAAUCUAUUUCUUAGAUGAAAGGAAUGAAAAAAAUAUCCACAUAUAAAUGUUAUAUUUUGCUUUGUGAUUAUAUUGUAGCACUUCUCACAAAAGAGAAAAAAGAAUCUUUCAAUGUGUUACAUAAAAUCUGUGAAACCUUAGACCACACAAUUGCAAACAGAAAUAUAGUGGUGAAAAAACUUUUACCUAAUCAUUCUAUGACAUGACAUUGUAACGGAAUCUUUAUGUAUCUAAUCAAACACAAUGAAAGCAGAAAACAGCACAGGAAUUUCUUAGAAAUCAAAUUAGAUUUGAAGCCACAAUGGUGUAUCAUAUACAUGCUUCUUCUUUUAUUUCAUAUGUGAGCGUGUAUUUCCUAAAAUUAUAUGCAUAUUUAAGCAUUCCACCCACAACCCAUUUAUUUUAAAAUACUUUAUUUGACCAGAGAGUAUUAAAAAAAUUAAUCUUACUCUCAAAGACUGUCUGUUCCCAUUAAUGUCUGAUGUAGAGAAAUAAAGUUUAGACUCAGGCAAAACUUUUAAGAUUGCCUCCACAAGAAAAGGAAAUUGUUUUCAUAUUUUGACUUCAAAUAAUUUAGAAGUUGUUAGAAGUGUUGCAAGGGCUACUAUUUCCAUGAUGAUUUAAAGCAAUAGGCUAUUUUAUAAUAAAAUUGUAUCAGAUUGAAAUUCCUAUUCCUAAAAAUGAUGUAAAGUUUAAUGGAGUUUAAUAUUUAAUUGAUUAACUAAGGUCAUAAACCUACUGUGCAUCAUAGCAUCAAUGUGAAUGCUGAACCAGGACUAGAAAAAUGUUAAGGAUUUUAUUUUCUUCUUCUACUCCCCACCACCUCUGUCAAAGUCAUAUUUUUUUUUCCUUGUGCAUCAAAACAAUAAUCACAUUGAAUCUAAUUUAGACACAGUAGGGAAAUAGAUCUUGGUCUCCUCCUCACAAGAAAUAAAAGACUAUUUCCUAGGUCA